UUGAUUGAUGCAAUGUGCUUCUACGCCGACUUCUCCAUUUUCAUAGACUAAGUCGAAAUGCAACAAGCUGACUUCCUGCUGCAAUAUAUCAAGCAUUCAUCAGGAAAAAGGGACAAAUUUGUUGACUGCUGAUGCUUGUAAUACUUAACAGAUCGUUAACAUUAAUAAUAGUACUGUUGGGAUAUUUAUAGUAAAUACGUUUUUUACAAUCUUAAAUGUGGCUGCAAUAUAAAAGUUGGCUCUAUUUUUGCACUGUUGGAGAAAUUGAAAGAUGAAUGAAGCAUUCAUCAUAAAGAUACUCUUUGGUGACUUUGAAAUGUAAGAGUUCGUUUGCGAGCUGGUGGAAGCAGCACUCAUUAGAAAGAUGACCCUUGAUGGAUUUGAAAUGUAAGAAUUAGCUUUUUUCCCCCAUUUGUGGUAAAAGAAGCAGUCAUAAGAAGAUAACACCUUUUGCUGAAUGUUGAAGAUGGCGAAUGCGGAUACCUGCAUGGCAGCCACGUUUACUUUCAUUUGGACUAUAGAAAAUAUCUCUGAACUGACUUACAUUGAUUUAGAGAGCCCGUCAUUCGUCGUAAAAUCCAUGGGGAACGCAAAAUGGUUUAUGAAAAUAAACGAAUAUGCAGGUUUUUAUUGCGAGAUUCAAACAUACGAUUCCUCAGAGAAAGUGAGAGAUGGAAUAGAUUUCGAAUUCUCGAUUCUUGAUGCUGACGGUUCUCCAUUGAUUUCAAAGAGAAGCAGAGAACCUAGGUUUUGUCUCAGCCUGUUUACGAUUGAUGCUUUCUUCAAAAAAUGGGCUGAAUUCAUGCCGAAUAACGUUCUUACAAUUCAGUGUCGUAUGUGGGAAAAGGAAAAUAAAAUACCAACUACAGAUCUCUGCUUUGCCCGAACGAAGUUGAGAACAUAUUAUGAAACCUUCCAAUGGGCCAUUGAAGAGUUUAGUGCAUUGAAAAGCAGUGCUGUAAAAGAUUUCAGAGAACUUGCAUCAACAGAAAAAAAGGUCUACUCUUUGAAGCCCUUGAUGGAAAAAGGACCUUAUAUGGCAUUGAUCCUGUUCUUGAAAAAAAGUUCUAAUUCUGAAGAUGUACACGUUAAUUUUCUGAUUGAGAAAGGAAGGGAUUACGCCUUCAGCUGUGAGAUAUCAGCAUUGGAUGCCAAUGGACAGGCAAAUUUUCAGGCGAUUCAUGCAGUAAAAGCCCACAAUGAGGAAUUAUCAGCAGUAAAGUUUAGCAACAGUGGAGAUUGGUUGGCAAGUUGUUCAUGGGAACCGGUCAUCAAUUUAUGGACAAUUGAUGAUGAUCAUUUCCAUUUGAGAACGUACCUGAGAGGCCACAAAAUGGGAGUUUCUGAUGUUGCAUUUUCCAGUGACAAUAGUCAGCUUGCAAGCGCGUCAGAUGACAAGACGGUGAAGAUCUGGGAUAUAUGUAACGCAAAAUGCAUCAGAACAUUCACAGGACACAGUAAUUUUGUUUUUUGUAUAACUUUUAGAGGUGAUUUGAUAUUAUCGGGAUCGGAUGACAAGACGGCAAAAUUAUGGGACAAAAGAAUCGGAGAGUGUAUCCGAAAUAUACAGUAUCAUUCAGAGCGAGUAACAUCGGUUGACUUCAGCCAGAGAAACAAUACAAUGUUAACCAGCAGUAUGGAUCACACAUGUGCUUUCCAUGAGUUUAGAACGACAAAACUCGUUGAUUUUUUUGUUGAAAGUGACGCUGUUUCCUAUGCAAAAUUUAUAGGCAGUGGAAAACGUGUAACAGUAUCUACACAUGAUUCUGUAAUCAAAUUAUGGGAUUGUAGUAAAAGGAGGGUUGUGAAAAAAUAUGAAGGGCAUCUCAAUGCGACAUAUUCUGUUUUUAGCCAUAUCAGUCAUGCAAACUCUUUUAUUGCUUCAGGAUCCGAAGAUCAAAGUAUUUAUCUGUGGUAUCCCAAAAGCGAAGAAAUAGCUCAAGUACUGGAAGGUCAUGAAGAUGCCGUUCUUUCCGUGCAAUUCCAUCCUCAAAACGAGGCGAUUCUGGUAUCUGGAUGUCUGGGCAAGACCAUGACGCUCUACAAGAAUAUAGCAACUGACGAUUAAUUAACAUGGUUAAUUAACAACAAGCAACGAUUAAUUAUCAUGGUUAAUUAACAACAAUCAAUGUAAUCUUCAAAAUUGGAUCAUUCACAUAUACAUAUCAUG